GACGUAGUUCGUAGUGUUGCGUAGUAGUGUUUCCCAGUGUUUGCUGCGUUCAGCUACGUUUUCCUCACUUUCCGCGGCAUUCGUCGUUCGUGCAUUUGACGAUAAAGUACCAGUUUUUCAAUCUAGUGUAUAUUUAAGCACCAAAUUGGAGAUAGCAGUGCAACCUAAGAAAUACAGUCUUUCAAGGUGAAAACAGAGGGGCCAAUUAAUGAGUCAUGAAAACCAAAAAGUUCUUCAUCUUCAACAAGAAGCUGCUCUAGCCAGAGAGGGAUCGAAGUGCGUGUCAAGUGCUACGAAAUUCUGAAUGGAAUUAAAAAUGUUUUAAAGUGAAAGAGGCGUGUGCGUUAUUGAAGAAUCUAUGUGGCGCGUGGGCAGACGCAUGUGCAUGUGCAUGCGAGUACACAAGUGUAAUAGAGUGCUAGGAGUGGUGGCUUAUCGGCGAUUCGAUGCUGGGGAGAAACUGUAUCAUCGGAACACGUCGAAAUCCGCUUCUUCAAGACAGCGGUGUAACUUCUCAUCAUCCUCAUCUGACGACUUCGUAUAGUGUAGUUUGGUGGUGAUCGGUCGCCGAAGAAUCCUUCAAAGUAGCCGGGCAAUAGAGAAGCAGCGGAGGUCCUCCGGAUCCAAAGACUUGACAAAAAGGCAGGAUCCAUGAGAGGAGAAAAUGAAAACGAAGAAGCUGCUACCUAUUGCGAUUUGCGUCCUUCUGACCUCCUGCGCCUUUUCCAAAGAGAACUCUCGAGGCUCGAGAGGAUCGGGACUCAUUGCAAAUCAGCCUCUUGCCACAUCAAAGGAAAACUUUGAUCUGGAUUUUGCGGCGAAAAUGAAGGACUCCUUCCACGAGAUCCAUGACUUGGACGAUGUCAGGCAGAACGAAAAUCUUGGUACCAAAGAUCUUAUCAACAGGGGGGCAAUUUACAGAAACAGGCGUGCUGUCGAUAAUCUAAGUUCCGCAGACUACUCGCAAGGGAAAAGCAUACAGCAGGUGAUAUCAGACAAGUCUAAAAAAAAGGAAGAAUCUAAAAAGAAAGGCACUCAGAGGAGUUCAAAAGUUGUUAGCGUUGCCGACAAAGAUGGAAUUUGUCCUGAUAUUGACAUCAGGAACGACGUCAAAUAUCUCGGAGUAUUGAGGGAAUGCAUAGUGAUUGAAGGUUACCUGCAAAUCGUCCUGAUAGAAAACUUCGAGGAAAAGGAUUUUGAGAAUUAUACGUUUCCAAAACUUCGUGAAAUUACUGGAUAUCUUUUACUCUAUCGAGUCACCAAUCUCAAAAGUUUCAAUCGAUUAUUUCCCAACCUCGAAGUCAUCCGAGGAAAUACUCUUUUGACGGAUUAUUCAUUCGUGAUAUACGAACUUCAACAUCUGCAAGAGAUUGGCCUGCAAAAGUUGACCCAGAUUUCAAGAGGCGGAAUACGCAUUGAGAAAAAUCCUUCUCUGUGCUACACUUUUACUCUUGACUGGAGCGCUAUCAUCGUGGCGGGUGAAAAAACAAUCAAGGAUAACAAAAAUGAGUCUUCUUGUCCUGGCUGUUCUCAGUGCCCUGACGAACACUGUUGGGGUGCACAACUCUGCCAAGAAACUCACAAGCCUAAAUGCCAUCCCCAAUGCCUCGGAGAGUGUAAAGGUUUGACCGAAAGUGAUUGCUACAUCUGCAAACGCUAUCAACAUGAGGGAAAGUGCAUCGAAAAAUGUCCGGCCAAUUUAUUCUCUUAUUUGUCAAGAAGAUGUAUUUCCAAAAUUGAGUGCUACAAUAUUAAUAAUUUGACGGUUCGAAAGACCACCGAUGAGAAAGUCCUGAAAUGGCGUCCCUUCAUUCAAUCUUGCAUACCUCAUUGUCCAGAUGGCUACGAGGACACCCUCGACCAAAAUAAUUUGACAAUUUGUCGGAAAUGUGACGGACUAUGUCGCAGAGAAUUGCGUGGGGCGAUUAUUCAUCACAUAUCUGAUGCUCAGGCAUUCCGAGGUAUAUCAGUGGUGAAAGGUGCGUUAGAAUUCCAAAUUCGAAGUGGAAAUCCAAACAUCAUGAAUGAAUUGACGGAGGCGUUUGGUGAGAUCGAAGAAAUAACUGACUACCUCAAAGUAACCCAUUCUUUUCCUAUCAACGAUCUGGGGUUUUUUAAGAAGUUAAAAGUCAUCGGGGGCAAAAAAUUGGAUAUCAACAAUUCCAGUCUCGUCAUCCUGGACAAUCCAAAUCUCUCGAGCUUAUUUGGAAAGAAUCAGCAGAUCAAAAUCCAGAAUGGGAGGCUUUUCUUUCACUACAAUCCCAAACUUUGUUUGCAGACAAUCUACGAUUUCACUAAAAUGGUUAACAUUUCUGAUCCGACAGAAUUGGAAGUACAGCCGGAGUCUAACGGAGAUAAGGUGGCCUGUGAAGUCGUAGCGAUAAACAUUACUGUCAGUGACAGGGGUCCAGAUUAUGUGAAACUUGAAUGGAACAGCUAUACGCCUCACGCAAGUCAGCGUCUUUUGAGUUACCUUUUGAACUACAUCGAAAUAGAGAGUGGGAACAUGACGUACGAAGGAAACUCGUGUGGCAACAACACUUGGCAGAUCAAGGACGUUAAUCCGGAAGUUCAUCUAGACGGGAAUUCGCCGAAGGAAAUGACGGUAUCGAAGGUGAUAGGAAAUUUGAAACCCUACACAAGGUAUGCAGUUUAUGUGAAGACUUUUACUGCCAGGGAUAAGGGUAAGAAUAAGUACAAAGGUGCAGAGUUGAUCGAGGAAGCUCGGUCCGCGAGGAUCGUCGGUCAGUCGACAAUAAUAUACUUCCGAACUUUAAGCGACAUUCCAUCCGUCCCCACAAAUCUGGUCUCUCAUGUCGUGGGUUACAACACGAUAGAAGUGAAGUGGAAUCCGCCCGAAGAGCCAAACGGUCCCAUCGCUUACUACAUGGUCUCUGGGUUCAUUCGACCCGACGACGAAGAACUCUCUUUAAUCAGAAAUUAUUGUGAGUUUGGUUUAGUCACUGAAGACGAAGCCGAGGUCGCAGAGGCUCCCGAAAUCAAAAUUGAAAUUCCCGUUGUCGAAUCACCUUCUUGCUGUUCCAAAAACUUUGAGAAGAAAGUAGUUACUUCCAAGAAGUUUGAGAUAUUUUGCCACGAAAGUAUAACCAUAGAUUACAUGUCACCGGGAAAGAAGAGUUAUUGCCGUUCUGAGCGGCAUGGACUCGCAGAUCCUGGGUUCCACGAAUCUUACAACGGGAGUUACUACAGUUUUGUUUUCAACGCCAGUGCACUCAACAAUUCAUAUACGCUCAAUGAGCUACGUCAUUUUAGUGCUUACACGAUUUCGGUUGCGGCUUGCGGUCGCACACUCGAAAAUGGAACACAAAUGUGUUCUCCGGUUGAGUAUACCACUACUAGAACGGGUAAGCUACCUGGUGCAGAUAAUGUGCGAAAUGUCAGAGCUCGAGAGAGGAUCGUAGGUAACAGUAGUUCGGUUAUCGUUUCCUGGGAUCCUCCCAAAUAUCCGAACGGAAUCACUGUUUCGUACACCAUCGAGUACACCAACACAGACGUGAAGGGUGCCAAGAAGGUCGCUGAAUGUGUGCCGAUGAUGAGUUACAGACAGAAACGUGGAGCGCACGAAAUCAGAGAUCUGAGCCCUGGAAGAUACAGCUUAAAAGUCCGUUCUACAUCCCUGGCAGGCGAUGGCGAAUUCUCUGGAGCAGUUCGAGUUUCCAUUAGUGUGAAGGAGGACAACUCUACUAUAAUCGCGAUACUCUUGCCUCUCGCUCUUUUCCUCUCGAUAGGUGUUUUCGUUUUCCUGCUUUUCAGGAGCCACCAGAAGAAGAAGACUCAGGAAAGACUGAUAGCAAGUGUAAAUCCUGAUUACAUGGAAGUGAAAUAUAUAGUCGAUGGAUGGGAAGUGCCGAGAGAGAAUGUUGAACUGCUUGAAGAAUUCGGCCUCGGAAAUUUCGGGAUGGUGUAUCGAGGUCACCUGAAGCGAAACGGGGAAAAGGACGUGGAGGUGGCGAUAAAAACGAUCCAGGAAACUGCGAGCGAGCGGGAGAAAAACGAGUUCCUGAACGAGGCCUCGGUGAUGAAGAAUUUCUCGACCUUCCACAUCAUUAGGCUCCUGGGUGUCGUCUCUAUAGGCACUCCUCCUUUAGUCAUCAUGGAGUUGAUGCACAACGGAGACCUUAAAACUUAUCUGCGUAAGAUUCGCGACACGCAGAAUGUACCUGACACUUCAAGAAUUGUGAGGAUGGCGGCUGAGAUUGCGGACGGAAUGUCUUAUCUUGAAUCUAAAAAAUUCGUGCAUCGCGAUUUAGCUGCACGGAAUUGCAUGGUCUCGAGGGAAUUGGUCUGCAAGAUCGGAGAUUUCGGAAUGGCUCGAGACAUUUAUGAAACCGAUUACUACAAGGUAGGUCAGAAGGGACUCUUGCCUAUACGAUGGAUGGCACCGGAAAAUCUGUGCGAUGGAGUUUUCACUUCGGAUUCUGAUGUAUGGUCUUACGGUGUUGUCCUUUACGAGAUUCUCACGCUUGCCGAGAUACCUUAUCAGGGGUUUUCUAAUGAGGAGGUGCUACAUUUUGUGCUUCAUAAAGGAACGCUGACGAUACCGCGACAUUGCCCAGAUCACAUAAUGAAGUUGAUUGAGAAGUGUUUCAAAUGGAAGCCAAGCGAGAGGCCCACUUUCAUGGAGAUUGUCGCGGAGUUGGAACCGUUUUUGGGCCAAGACUUUUGCGAAAAGUCAUUCUAUCAUUCCGAUGCGGGCGUGGAAAUCUUACAGCUUGGUAUCAAAAAAGUUUACCAGAAUGCAGCGCCAAUUCGAUUGCAUUGGGGGAAUGAAACAGCGAGGUGGGUGAGAGAUUUCGAGGAUAAUGUUACACUCUUGGACCAAACAAGGGCGGGAAGCAGCAGGGGGCGAAUCUUCAAAAAUGGCUUCCAGCACUUUGGUAACGUACCAACCUUAGAGGAUGUACCGUUGGAUCGGUGAGAUUUUCUGAGUCAUUCUCUCCCCUAGACGGGCUAUUGUAGUGUAUAAAAUAGUGCGUAGAAGGUUUAUGUACAAAACGAUACUCAGGGCAACGCGAUAGACAUCACCGCCGAUCUUGGCGCAAAAAAGAACUAUACAUUGAAUCGGUCCCAGAUUAUAUAUAUAUAUAUACAUACGUGUCCUAUUUUUUUUCUCAGCGGACCAAUAGUACAUUUCUAUGAAAGUCUGAACUCAAGUGGUUUUUCUAGCCGCAGUACCUGCGAAAUGAUUCAUCGGGAGGUGAAUUUCUCUUUUCCAAAAUUGUAUGUACAUAUAUGCGAUGUUCAAGUAUACGAAAAUAAUGUUGAAAUUUAUAUUAAAAUGCAACAUUAUGCAAAGGCUAAUUUAUAAGUAGGGUUAAUUAACUGGCUCCGAGGUGGCCUCGUUUUUUCUCUCCAGAAU